CCUGGAUUACCGCUGUGCUAUGCUGAAGUGUCAAGCGUCCAUUCCGCUCAUACGGGCCUACCUUCAGACCCCGAUAACUCCUGAGGUAGGGGCAUUGUGGAGGGUCAAGGGCAUAUGCUGAAGAGAGGCAACUACCAUAAAACGCAAGACUCGAUCCUGUCAGACCUGAUUCACAUUUGGUUCGUGCAGUUUAUCACAUCCAAAGUGCAGGGGACCAUCAGCGUCGUCUCUGCCCUAUGCCCCACCAGGUCUUAGCUGGAUUUCUUCAUCAUGUGCUCCUCGUCAGCGGGAGUCAUUGCCAACCGCGGCCAGGCCAACUAUGCUGCCACCAACACCUUCAUGGAUGCUUUUGUGUGUCAACUGAUGACAGGAGGCUACCCGGCCACCUCGAUCAGUCUAGGAGGCGUGUUCAGUGUGGGUUGGAUUGUGGAGAACCAACUUAGACUCCAUCGCGCUCGCCUACAGGGCCCUUUGGGAAGACCUUCUAUUCUCUUUCCUGGAAUAUCGUAUAACCCCUGCCUGGGGGGCGGCGCAGAGUACCCAGACCGGCCACACGGUGGUCGGAAUACGAUCCGCCCGGGACUUUCAACGCCAGUCCAUCCUUCUGCCCGGGUUCAUGGCCCAUUCGUUAUUCUCUCCGCGUCGGGCCAUUGCAGGCAGGUCCCAAAUGGUCGAACAAGAGGUCGAGGCGGCGGUAGACGUCGUGACGCGAGCGAUCGUCGAUGAACUGGCGCGUAUUAUGGCACUUUCCGUUCAGGAGAUUGAUCCGCAGCGGUCGCUGGGCUCGUACGAGGUGGAUUCCCUGGUAAUAGUGGACUUGAAGAUGUGGUUCCAACGGGAAGUGGGGGUUGGAUCGGGGGAGCUGUUGGUGGAGCUGGCUAUGACCCAGUUGGUCCGACAGGCUGCGGACGGAUCGCAGUUCUCGCCGGCGGAGCUCCGGAGAAGUUAGU